CAAAAAACCUAGACAAACAGAAAGAAGGAACCCCCAAAAUCAAUCCCUCCAAAUCACACCACAAUGUCUGCUCACACUCCCCUCUACUGAUCUUCCCCCAUUGCCAAUCACAGAGCAGCUCCUCUCGAUUUCGAUUUCGAUUCCGAUUUUGGCCGCAGCAGCAAUGGAUCCCUGCCCAUUUGUGCGAGUCACAGUGGGCAAUCUCGCUCUCAAAAUCCCCGUCGCUUCGAAACCGGCCCGCACCGUCGUCCACCCUUCCUCCUCGCCGUGUUUCUGCAAGAUCAAGCUCAACAACCUCCCGGUCCAAACCGCCGUCGUUCCUUGCCUCCCGCCGGAAACCCAAACCCUAGACGCUAAUACCGGCCUCGGAGUCACUGCCGCCACCUUCCAUCUCAGCAAGUCGGAUCUGGACCGGGUCGCGUCUAAGUCCAUCUUCUCCGGGAAACUCUGCCUCAAAAUCGCAAUCUACACGGGGCGGAGGGGCACCACCUGUGGGGUUAACUCCGGGCGGCUUUUGGGCCGGGUUUCGGUCCCUUUGGGUCUGGCGGGAACCCAGGCUAAGGCUAGUGUGUUCCACAACGGAUGGGUCUCCGUCGGCAAAGGCGUUAAGGGCGCCGGUGCUCAGAUUACUCAGUUUCAUUUGAAUGUUAAGGCCGAACCCGACCCUAGAUUCGUGUUUCAGUUCGACGGCGAGCCUGAGUGUAGUCCUCAAGUGUUUCAGAUCCAAGGUAAUAUCAGACAGCCCGUCUUCACCUGCAAAUUCAGCUUCCGAAACACCGGCGAUCGAACCCAGAGAUCCAGGUCAUCGCAUUCAGACCAGAGUGGCUCCAGAAGCUGGCUGAGCUCGUUCGGAAGCGAGCGAGAGCGACCCGGCAGGGAACGCAAAGGCUGGUCCAUAACGGUCCAUGACCUAUCCGGGUCGCCGGUAGCCGCCGCAUCAAUGGUCACACCCUUUGUGGCCUCACCGGGUUCCGACCGGGUCAGCCGCUCCAACCCCGGAUGCUGGCUCAUCCUCAGACCCGGAGACGGCACCUGGCAGCCCUGGGGCCGCCUCGAGGCAUGGAGGGAGCGCGGCGGGGCCGACGGACUCGGGUACCGUUUCGAACUCAUACCCGACACCAACGGCGGCAUGAGCGCCGGCGGCAUUGUUCUGGCGGAGUCGACUCUGAGCUUAAACAAAGGCGGGAAAUUCGUUCUUGACCUCGGGUCGAAUUCCGGGUCGGGUAAUAAAGCUCCGGUCGUUCCGAACUCGCCGGCUUGCAGCCCGAAGAGCAGUGGGGACUUCGGGUACGGGUUGUGGCCGUAUUGCUUGUACAGAGGGUUUGUGAUGUCGGCGCGUGUGGAGGGUGAGAGAAGGUGCAGCAAGCCUACGGUGGAGGUGAGCGUGCAGCACGUGACCUGCACGGAGGACGCAGCGGCGUACGUGGCCUUAGCGGCGGCCGUUGAUCUCUGCAUGGACGCUUGCCGGCUGUUCUCGCAGCGGCUGAGGAAAGAGCUCUGCCAGCCGUCUGAUUUGCUAGGAUGAUUCGGCCACUAUCCGGCGUCGUUUUGUCCUGUUUCUAAUAUUCUUUUUUAGUAUGUGAGUGGGGUUUGGUGGAUUUGGAUUUUGGAUUCCAAAUUUACUUACCAUGAGAGGUUUUUUACUUCUACUACUAACAGAGUCAGUAGUGUGUACAGUGAGUGGAAAUUAGACAGGGCACGCUUUGUUUUUACUUGUGUGGCUUGUGUUAAUUUUUUUUUUCUUUUCACCCCCUUUUAGUUUUUGAAGUGAAGGGUUUGCUUAGGUGAUUGUAAUUUUCUUUGUUGGGAUAAUGUAGUUGCUGACUUGAG